AUGGAUAUAAAAUAUUUCCCCGUGUCCUCCUGUCCUCGGAACAGAAAAUCAUGGCUUGACUCUAGCAUCCGGUUAAAUUGCCCGUACGAUGAGAAGAACAGAACUCUCUACCAAUGCACUCCGAAUGCUGAUAAGUCCACGUUGGUAGAGUUCUGUUUCCGUGGUAGGAUAGGGAGGUAUCCGAAAGAUUCUUGUUUGUAUGCAUUUUCCGAAUCUACAAAUUUUGGAGGAUAUAUAAACUCAGAAAAUUGCCUCUCCUUUAGCUACGGAUGUCCCAACGAGACCUACCUGAACAAUGAAAUUUACAAAUACCCGGCAUGCUUGGAAAUCAAUUCAGAAGAACGAUGCUUUCUUGCAGACCCGGCUUGUCCAAAUUUAAAAAGCAAAAAAGAGUAUCAAAAUAUGGGUAAUUUGUUUUUUAAGAAUCCUGUUGUUUGCAUAGAAAAAGAUAUAAAAGAGUUAAGAGAAAAAAACAAAUUGCAAUAUGCAAUUUUGGUAAUUUGUUUACUGAAUAAAAAUGCAAUCUCGGGUCAAAUAUUUGACUCUGAUGACGAGAAAAUAACUAAAUUAAAAAUGGAAGUGUUUGAAAAUUGCAGAGUGGAAACGAUACCUAGGUGGAGACUAAUUGAAUCUCUGGAAGAAAUGUUAGGAACGUAUUUAAGAAAAGUCGAUGAACACACAUUUGUUAUCAUGAACGACACUUUAACAGAAGUCGUGGCAUUUACAUACGGGUCCGAUCAUCCUCGCUCAUUGUUGAACUACAUGAGUAGCAGUUUUGUCACAAAGAAGAUACGUGUCGGCUCUGUUGAGGACAAUGGUUCUCCAGAAAGACAUAUCAUCAUGAAAGACGUUGAGUUUCUCUCAGAAAAAUAUUUGCAGUACAUUAAAGAUGGAAAAUUUCAGGAUGUUUUCACUAGUGAAGCUUUCUUACACAAGGAAUUCUCCUUGCAUUUCUUUGAAAUGCUGAAGAAAAUGAAGGACGACGAAAUGAUUGCAGUUUUUACACGGAAAAGUGAAACGAGUGAUAGUAUAGUUCCAACCAUAAUUUGGAAUGACAUUGGUGAUAUUGGCGAUGAUCUAAGAUACGAAAAUGAAAGACAAAGACAACGACUACUUUUUGACAUGAGAACAAAUGAAACAGAGUCUUACAGUAUAAAAGCUAUUAGUUGGAUUGUUUACUAUGGGCAUUUGAAUCUGUUAAAACUACUUAUUAAAAUGAUAGGGGAAUUUAACUGUCAUAGAAUUUUUAGUCCUCAUUUGGAGGAGCAAACGAGACUUCUUGUUCUUGCGUGCUUUAAUGGAUCUUGUAAAUUGGUUGAAACAGUUCUGAAUCACAUUGAUACAUCUUGCAUAAAAAGAACAUCACAUUAUAUAGAUGACAUUUUAGAUUUUCAUCGCUCUCAUACACCGCUUACAGCAGCGUGUGAAAAUGGCCACAUUUCCGUCGCUAGAUGUCUGCUUGAGAAAGGUGUCAAUGUCAAUGAUAAAGAUUUGUGGGGACAGACCCCUUUGAUAAAAGCAGCCAGAAAUGGACAUGAAUCCCUCUUACAAUACCUCAUUAAGAAAGAAAAUGCGGACCUGAAAGAAACAGAUAAGAAUAGGUCUUUAAUUUUUGAGGCAGCAAGUUGUGGCCAUACAAACGUUAUACAAUAUUUGGUAAAAGAUUUUGAGAUGGAUAUCGAAAUUGCCACAAAUCUUGGAGAGACACCGCUUUAUAUUGCAUCCUGGUAUGGCCAUCUAGAAACAAUUAAAUAUCUUCUUACGAAAGGUGCAGAUAAGGAUAAAUGUACCAAAGACAGACAAUUCUCUCCUUUAUAUGUCGCAGCUCGUGGUGGACACUUAGAGGUUGUUAAACUUCUUUCACGGAACAGUAAUAUUAAUGAGUGUCUAAAUACUUUUAGGCAAACAGCUUUGCACGUUGCAUCAUGGCGUGGACACCAGGAAGUCGUCAAAUACUUGAUUCGAAAUGGCGCAGAUAUAAAUUUAAGAGAUUACAAAGGGCAGACAAGUCUGUAUCUAGCAUCAGAAGAAGGGAAUGUAUUUGUAAUUGAAUCCUUGAAAAGUAAAAUAUUGAAUUUCAGAGAGAAAACUAACAACUUAGUAACAGCGCUAGAAAUUACAUUGUGGAAAAAAUUUUAAUUUGCCUUUAAAACACUUCUGGAUGGAGAAAAUGCCCAUGGGAAGCAUACUUGUGGUUGCGAAUUGUAUGCUGAAAACAACGCCAGGAUCUGUAAUAGAAAUACAUGUGGAAGAUAUAAUAAACCCGGAAAUUGUCAUUUAUUUCAAAUUCUCAAACGCCUCCGAAAGUCAUAUGCAUAUCUUGAUAGGAAAGACGAAGUUGAUAUACGAUUUAGGAAAGUGUGGGAUAUGCCACGACCGUUGAUGGAGAUUAUUUGGAGAGGUCACUCUCAAGAUGUAGAGCGCCUAAUUUUGUUAGGCUUAGACCCAAAUCUGAAUACAUAUUCCGGAGAAAAGGAGCUCCCUAUUCUUUUACGAGUAAUCAAUGAAGAAUAUAUCACAGAAAGGGUCGAAAAGAUUAAAGUACUUUUGACUGCAGGAGCCUCCAUAAUAACUAGAAUUGACGAAAUCAUAUCUGAAGAAAAUGAUGAAAAGGCAACAAUGCUAAAGGUUUGGCCUGUCUCAUUUAUGGAGAGUGUACGUCGGAAGGUUAAUGAUUUAAAGACAGUUCUACGGAAAGGUAACUCUCUGGUAAAUAGUGACAUUAGCCAGGAAUCAAAGUCAGAAUAUACACGCUUACAAUAUGAUGAAUAUUGCCAGGUAUUAACGGUGCUCAAAACACACGUCAGACGGUUUUCUAUUUGAGCACACAUUGAAUGCAUAAAGAUUAAAAACAUCAAACAGAACAUAUAAUUUACAAUUUUUUUCAUUUACAAUUUUGUAUAUUUAAUCAAAAUAAUCACAGUGUCAUUCUUUAUUAGCUGUUGAUUUUAUUGCAAAUCAAAAUCUUUGAUACGGUACUCAGAAAGGUUUAUGAUUUCUACAGUCGUUGCAUUGUGUCAAUUGAUCGAUAAUGAAUAUAAUUACAAAUUGGAAACAGUCGAAAAUUGUAUAUUGUAGAGGAAGAAAACAUUGUUAAAUGUUAUAAGGUCCCAUAUUUUGUUUGUUUAUCAUUGUCUUUAAGUGACGCUUCCUGAGAUUGUAUUUAAAUG